UUCCCCACUCGGAAGCAACCAAAUUCACUCCACUCUACUCUACUCAACUCUUCCCCCCAACAAACACACUCACCCGAAUCGUCGCUAUGAACUCCUUCUCAGUGUUCUUAGUGUUCGCGCUGGCCGCUCUGGCUGCAGCAGAGCCACCAUCCGGAUAUAACUAUCCUCGCGGCGGAGGCGGUGGUGGCGGCGGCGGUGGCUUUGGAGGUGGCUUCGGCGGCGGAUUCGGAGGCGGCGGCGGUGGCGGUGGCGGCGGCGGCUACCAGGCUGUGAGCGGCGGCUUCCAGACCUCCGAGGGCCAGAACGUGGAUCCCCAGCUUCUGGAGCAGGUCCGUCAGAUCCUGCUGAACGAGGAGAGCAAGCAGGGCGGUGGUGGCGGAGGCGGCGGCGGCGGUGGCGGCGGUGGCUAUCCUAGUGGCCCAUCCUCCAGCUACGGUCCACCUUCCACCAGCUACGGAGCCCCCGGAAUCGGAGGCGGUGGCCGUGUCGUGGGCAUCGAUCUGGAAGGCGUCCGCCAGGCCAUCCAGGUGGCUCAGUUCGCCCAGCAGAGCUCCCAGCAGGGAGGUGGCGGUGGAUACCCCAGUGCCCCAUCCGGAUCCUAUGGCGCCCCUUCAAGGCCCAGCGGCAGCUACGGAGCGCCCUUCUAGAUCUUUGAACAGGUCUCACAUCCGAAAGACACACCUCUGCCAAAAAUGAAUACCGACGGACACGAAACCGACAAAGACGACACCAACACUAUACCAAUUUGGGCAACCUGGACCUAAAAAAGGAACUACCGAUCCGCUCUGAUCCCGAGAGAACUGGUGAUCGCUUCCCCUUCUCAAGACCUCUUCCCAAACUCAGCGACUGUACCCCAAAACUCUCUAAGGCCCGUUCCCCAGAAUCCUCAAAAACCCCCAACCAAUUCGGGACUUCGUUUUGGGCUUUUUUGUAACCCUUGUAAAUAGUUUCUCACACUACACGAAUACAAGAAAACCCGCAAACGAAAGCCACACAACAACACCCACAACACCCGAAACACCCAAAACACCAAGAUGGAGAACA